CCAUUUCAUAUGCUCAAAUCUUUCAGACCAAGAAGAGAGCGUCAGAGUCGCAUAUCUUGCGGGCCGGGUUUACCAGAUACUAUCAGUAUUUGUACAACCAGCAUACAACCAGAAUGUGUUAAUCAUCUCGACAAGCUUUCAAAUGUUCUGAAACAAUGGAACCAUGAUCCACCCGUGUGUCCUAAAUCCAAAUGUCUACCAGAUGAAAUAGCAGGAGUUUUUGACAUCUUACAUUACCUAAUGCAAGUGGCACAAGGAUACAAUCAUCGACUACGAAUCUACGAUAAGGUCUUCAGGCAGAGGCACCAUGCAGCGGUGGACUCGCAACGGGAUGCUCAACUUCUCGCAGCCAACGUCGUCGUCCCCCUUCGGUGGCUUCUACGACGCCGGCCAGGGAGCGUCGUCGUGCAGCCGCAGGUCGCACGGCUGCAGAAGCCAGGACAAGGACCAGCGCAACCUGGAGAAGAACCUGACCAAGGUGCGCAAGGAGUGGAUGAAGGUGAAGGAGGAGAUGGGCUACGCGAGGCUGCUGAGCGAGCACCUCAGCGAGACGGUGACGGAGGCCGACCGGAAGGUGGCUGCCAUGCUCGAGGAGCUCGACCGGACGGACAAGUACAUGCUGGAUAUGCUGUCGUCCCAGCAGAAGUGAUCCGGGAAACCAUGAUAGAUGUAUAUUUUCAUAUUUGGCUGGGUAUUUAUGUAUUUGCCUAGCUAGAUCAGAUUCUUCUUAGCAUUUUUCCAUUUGAGUUUAUUUCCUUCUUUUAGGAAGCUCAUUUGGAUUUUCUAGUAGAUUUCCCGGCCGGUACGAGGUAUAUGUAAUGCACAUCAUAUGUAGUCGAUAUGUUCUGAUAUGUUAUUCUUCAGUUCGCCUACGCUUUAUUUCAGUUGCUUGACAUGUGCUAAGCAAAAAUAUU